CGAAAAACGUUUCCUACCAUAAUCCAACUGGUAUAUCGUUUGUAAUGCACACCUUGGAACGCAUUGGAACACGGAACACGGUUGAGUUCUUACUGGAUCAUGGUUAUUAACGCUUUCUAUAAUAUCAAUUGCUAUUCCACGGUUACGCACAGCAAGACAUAGUCGUCCUGGGUUUCUAGGGCUUGGUUUCGUCGCACCUGUAUUCUCGCACGAGGCGCACGCCUUGCUGUGGAGUGACGACUCUACGUUAUGCUCUAGGCCGAUAGGCAUCAAAAUGUUAAAGCAGUAUGCCAAGUUAUGGUAUCUUGGUUUGCGAGAAUCGCUUCUUGUCCACCGAUGCGUCGUCUUCCUCGUACUUGACAGCAGCAGGGCUCUCAGGCGGGAGAUCCUGCACUGCCUGCUGCUGAACGGGGGCAUCCUGCUGGGCAGCAUCCUGCUGUGGGAGCGCGCGCUGCUGCCGGUCGCUGCCUGGCUGCUGCGCUACCUAGUGGCUCCCUGUCUGGGGGCGAGCACGCAGCGGGUGGCGGGGGCGCUGGCGCAGGUGGCAUUCCAGGCGCUGUGGCUGCUGCCGGUAUACAUGGUUACCAUGCUGCUCAGCUGCGGAAUGUGGGUGAGGGGGAGUUAGGGGCGUCAGAACAGACCAAACCUUGGGGGAGGAAGGAGAAGUGAAGCACAGAGUCUCAUAUCCGGGCUCAUCCAGUGAACGCAAGAACCGAAAGGGGAGUGAGGG